AUUAGAAGUAGGUCAUGGGCACGCUUCGAGACCUUCAGUUCGCCCUGCAGCUAAAGAUUGAGGAGCUCCGUCAGAGGGACACCUUGAUAGAUGAGCUGGAGCUGGAACUGGAUACCAAGGAUGAACUCAUUCGGAGACUUCAGGAAGAAUUAGAUCGCUACAGAGCCUCCGUGGUGCUGCCGGGACCUUCUGCAAGCAGCGCCGCCUGCUCUAUUGGCGAUGAUGACCUCCGUGUUGCAAACAGAAAGACGGUUAUUUCCGAGUCCUUCACUGUGGAUUCGGCGAAUGUCUUCACCUUGUGUGACAAAAACCAGGAAUGUCAAAAGUUGAUUCAGACGGCUUUUAUGAAGAGUAACUUGUUGAAGAACCUCGACGGAGAUGAAACGCGAGCCGUCACGGCCAGCAUGCAACUCACGGCCUUCCAUCACGGCUGCUGCGUGAUCCAGGAGGGAAGCGGCGGCUCGCAGGCUUACGUUGUACAAGAGGGGAGGCUGGACGUGACAAAAGACGGAGAGAAAUUGCUCACCAUCGAAGCUGGCGAAGUGUUCGGAGAGGUGGCGCUGCUCUACGACUGCACACAAAUCUACUCUGUCACAGCACAGUCGGACAGCAAGCUGUGGGUUAUCGAGCGCAAGAGUUACCAGAGUGUGCUCAUGCAGAGCGGCCGUGAAAGCCUCACGCGGACGUCGGAGCUGCUGAGCAGUGUUCCCUCUCUGCUGUCCUUGCCCAAGGAUGCCAUCAUGAAGAUGUGUGAUCUCAUGGAGGAGGCUCACUACGCUCAAGGCGACUACAUUAUGCGUCAAGGCGCCUUCGGGGACACCUUUUAUAUCAUUAACAAAGGCCAGGUGAAAAUCACCGAAAAGAAGGCAGGUGAUGAAGAGCAAGUCGUCUCCAAGCUUUCCGAGAGGCAGUGGUUUGGAGAAAAAGCUUUGUGGGGAGAGGACGUGCGUGCCGUGAACAUCGUCGCGACCAGCGAUGUGGCGUGUCUGCUCAUUGACAGAGAGACCUUCCGAGAUAUCAUUGGAGGAAUGGUGUUUGACAGCAGUCACGAGGUGCAACAAAACACUGCAUGCAAAGACGAAUCACAAGUCAAGCAUGCCGCCUCCCUCGCCUCCUCCAACUUAAGUGAUUUCCAGAUAAUCAGCACUCUCGGAGAAGGAGACUUUGGCCGCACGGACCUGGUGCAAGUCAAGAGCAACGUCAAGCAUCUGCUGGCCAUGAAGGUCCUCAACAAAAAGGCCAUUAGCCACAAGGCCCUGCGAGAGCACCUUCUGAGAGAACGAAACAUCCUGAUGGAUGCCGCGUGUCCAUUCCUCGUCAGGUUGCUCAAAACCUUUCAAGAUGCCGAGUGCCUCUAUAUGUUGACUGAGGCUUGUCUCCAUGGCGAUCUUUACAACUUGCUCAAAGACAAAGGCUGCCUGGACGAGAGCAGCAGCAAGUUCUUCGCGGCUUGCGUGACGCAGGCCUUGACCUUUCUUCACGCACGAAAUGUCGUCUACAGAGAUGUCAAGCCUGAAAAUGUUCUUUUAGAUGAGCGAGGAUACGCCAAAUUGGUCGGGUCCAGAUGUAUGAAGAAGAUUGAGGCGGGGAAGAAGACGUACACUUUCUGCGGCACUCCGGGCUACAUGGCCCCCGAGGUCAUCUUCAACAAGGGCCACAGUGCAGCCGCAGACUUUUGGUCUUUGGGUGUUUUUGUGUUUGAGCUGCUAACUGGUGGGCUUCCGUUCUGCGGCGCCGACCCAAUGAGCCUCCUCAGCGAGACCGUGCGCGGCAUCGAUAACAUGGACUUCCCUAAAGCAAUCAGCAAGAGUGCCUCCGGUCUCAUAAAGAAGCUGUGCAGGCGCAAUCCCUCGGAGAGGCUCGGCAGUCGUAGAAACGGGGCCAAGGACAUUCAGAAGCACAAAUGGUUUGAAGGAUUCAACUGGGAUGGACUUAGUAGAGGAACGUUGAGUCCAGCUCUCAGCCCCAAAAUGAAACACAUUUGGAACAGCAGCGGGACCUGUGCUUAUUAUGGCGGAGAUGCAGCCGAGCUGUGUACAACAUGGGAGGACUUCUGAUGGCUAAACUAUUUUUUGACAUUUUGAUUUCAGUUUUUUUGGGUUUAUUUAGGUGUAACGAUAAAUAGCAAUUUUACACUGGUCAAUAUUUUUAAAGCAGAAAUGCAAGUUAAGAUUUCUAUAUGAUUUUUUGCGCUGGUCCAGAAUCUGCCCUGUUUUUUUCCACAAGCACAUCUGGUUUUUAUAAUAGUAAUAUAAUAAUGAUAUAAUAUUUAAUAUAGAAAUACGCUUAGUAAUAUUUAUAAAUGGCUUGGUUCAGCAACAGUUGGACUGUGGAAUUUAUUUUAGAAAGGUCAUAACAAUAUGGGAAAAUCAAAAGGAUAAUAUCUCAAAAACUGGCAAAUUAUUACAUUUUUAAAAUCAAAUUUAAAUGUGCCAUUAUAAUUG